AUGGACGCGGUGCUGCUAGAACACUUCCCCGGGGGCAUGGACGCCUUCGCCUCGCCCUACUUCGACGAGGACGACUUCUUCACCGACCAGUCCUCCCGGGACCCGCUGGAGGACGGCGAUGAGCUGCUGGCCGACGAGCGGGCCGAGGUGGAGUUCCUCAGCCACCAGCUGCACGAGUACUGCUCCGAGGCGGAGCUGCAGCAGCUGCGCCAAGCGGCCAACGUGCGCGAGCGGCGGCGCAUGCAGUCCAUCAACGACGCCUUCGAGGGUCUGCGCUCGCACAUCCCCACGCUGCCCUACGAGAAGCGCCUCUCCAAGGUGGACACGCUGCGCCUGGCCAUCGGCUACAUCAACUUCCUCAGCGAGCUCGUGCAGGCCGACCUGCCGCUGCGCGGGGGCGCCGCGGGCGGCUGCGGGGGCCCAGGCGGUGGCGGGCGCCUGGGCGUGGACAGCCCGGGCAGUCAGGCCCAGAAGGUGAUCAUCUGCCAUCGGGGGACCCGAUCCCCCUCCCCCAGUGACCCAGAUUUUGGCCUCCCUCCCCUUGCUGGACACUCUCUCUCUUGGACCGACGAAAAACAACUCAAGGAACAGAAUAUUAUUCGCACAGCCAAAGUGUGGACCCCAGAGGACCCCCGGAAACUUAGCGGCAAAUCUUCUUUCAACAAUAUAGAAAACGAGCCUCCCUUUGAGUUUGUGUCCUGA